AUGCCCGACAUCUCAGAGUAUGUAGUUCUAUUUCAUGGUAACCUUGGGAUGGGGGAACGCCUUCAGUCUGCGCAGCAGCGUCGAGGAAUUGAAAACACACCAUGGGACCGUUUACAACAUGUUGUCUUUGUCCCCGGUCUUUUCCAUUUGAAGAUGGCGGCCGCAGAUGCAAUUUGGCGGAUAUUCCUGCAGCCCAAUGCAGCACGACUAGAUGAAACCAGUCUCAUGCAAGAUGUAGGUAUCUCGCGGCCAAGGGAAACCGGCCACUAUGGAUCAAAGCCGGGGUUCCAUUGUAUGCACGAACUGAUCAUGCACGACAGUAUUUGUUGUCGCCUUGAUUGUUGGAGAGUCGAGGCUGGGAAAGGUGACACGAAGUGGACAAGUCUGGAGGAAUUUGCAGGAUCAGAAUCAACAUGGAAAGACAUCAAAGCAAUGGCACACACCCUUGCUCGUAACUACAUUGCAGGUCACCAACUUUGGCGCAUGCGACGUGCACCGGCAGCUCAACGUGAUGUCCAAUAUGAAAAUGGACUCCUCUUGAACAAGUACGUGCUUAUAUAUGAGGAGCUGUCAUAUGCAAUGAAUAUCGGUGACAUUGGACGGGUUGAGACUUGCCUUGUGACGUUGAUCCCAAUGUUUAAGGCCACAGGAAAACAUAAAUAUGCAAACGCUAUGACAGACUUCCUGUGCAAAGUGCAUUUCAUGUAUCCCGAAGGAUUGAAACUUACAAUCGGCAGACGGGCUGUUCACUACCACAUCAUGGUCAAUCCAACCGGGAAGAAAGGAAAGUUUCGAGCGGUUGACUGGUGCGUUGAAUUGAAUAACCUUUUCACAAAGGUUACCAAUGGAGGAAAAGGAUCAAACCACACUGUUUCGAGGAUUAUAAUGGAGUCUCCACUCAUUCAGAUAUACCGGAACUUGCAUACAAUGUUCCAGAAUGACUUUCUGCAUGUUCAACAAACGACUAAACACGCAGAGGCAGAUAUGUCAAAAAUGUUCCAAGUCCUAUGCAGACACAUGAGAAAACACUCCUCAAACGAAGUAGUAAAGGGGCGCGGAAGCCAUUACAGUAUCCCUGAAGUCCUUGCCAAGGGACAGGAGUUGAUGGAAAAGAAUAGCGUAGAUAACGAAGAUGGAGGGCAAGAAGCUGCUAUUAGGGAAGGUGAGGAUGAGCAUCCAUCAGUCGAUGAUGUUGCGAUUGAAUUAGUCUGGUAG